AGGCCGGCGUAAAAGUGCGAGUUGCUGGCACUUUGCGUGAGACUCCAGGGGGUUCCCGCCGGGCAAUUUGCGCUGAUGGUGCUAUUGGCUGUUGCCCAUGAAACUGCUGUGAUCACUUCAGGCACUGACGCCGAGCUGAAGUCAGGCCAAGAGUUGAGAGGGGAACGAAGAGGGUAGAGGCAGAGAAGGCGGGGCCUAAUUUUUGUCACGUAAGAAGGAGCCAUGGAGCCUGAAACAGUGUACAACCCAACCACCAUCACCAGCCAUGGCAACCGCAGCCACUACCUGGACAACAUCAGCUAUGCGUCGCUCAACCCCAAGCGGUGUGCCAAUGUCGCCAUUGUGGUGGUGGGCGUCAUGUGUGUCAUGAUCGGGCUGGCGCUGGUGCUGUACGGCAGCCUCUUCUACGUCAGCUUCGCGACGGCGCCCGAGGCCGAGACCAGCGCCCAGCGCGAGCGGCGCCUCUCCGAGCUGCACAUGUACCAGGUGUUCGUGUGGGUGGGCGCGCCGCUGCUGGCCGCCGGCGUCCUCCUCUGGAUCGCCUACCUGUACCGCACCGGCCGCUGCAAGUACUGCCCGCUCUGUCCGGGCGCGCGCAAACGGCGCCGCCUCCGCAAGAACUUCCAGACUCAGUGUCUGGAGGCGGGCAACUUGUCGUCCAGCUACGCCAGCCAGCCGGCCUCGGCGCUGCCGCAGCGGGAGGACGAUCAGCUGAUGAACCACAGUCUGGACGAGCCCACCGGCCGGCCGCCGCGCCUGCUGCUGGACUCGGCGCCGCUGGCCAGCCAGGAGGACCUGUCGGCCCGCUCGGUCGAGACGCUCUUCCUGCCGGCGUCGCUGUGGCCGAGCUCAGUCUCGCUGCGCCGCCUUCCCAGCGACCUGAGCCUCUCGUCGGCCAGCCCGUCGCCGGAGCGGCGGCCGCCGCGGCGCGCCGCCUCCGGCACCAGCCUGCGGCCCUGCGCCGGCAGCGUGCGCAGCUAUGCCAGUGCGCCUGCGCGCGGCUCGACCAGUGAGCGCGCCUCGCCGCGCCCCACUCCGUCCAGCACUCCGUCCCCGUGCCGCGCGAGCGGCGCUCGACCGCGGCCUCGUUCUCACGCCAGCGUGAGUUAGAGUGAGUGUGGUGAGUGUAAGAGCGAACUUGUGUGUCGUGCGUUUAAGGAUGAGUGCUGGGUCGUGGUGCUUGACGCACGUUGCGCUCUCAUGGUCGACGGCCCUGGGAAGCGCCAUUUGACAGCUCUGAUUGGUCGGAAUUUCAGCACGGAUGAAGUGAUUGGUCAACAGCGGUUGGUUGUCCGACGAUGAUUGGUCAGUAGCGGUUGGUUGCCUUGCGAUGAUUGGUCAGUAGCGGUUGGUUGCCAGGCAGUGAUUGGUCAGUAGCGGUUGGCUGCCUGGCGGUGAUUGGUCAGUAGCGGUUGGUUGCCCGGCGGUGGUUGGCCAGGAGCGGUUGCUUGCCCGGUGGUAAUUGGUCAGUGGCGGUGGGUCGCCCGGUGGGUUUAUCGUUGUGGGCGUAAUCUUGGAGCUGUUUUCUCUCGACGCUCACUUUGUACCGCGUCGUGCGACGCACUGAGCACCUCUCAGUUACGGGCAGCUGGGUUUUUCGCCCGCGAUGACACCUGGCGGUCAAUAAUCUGCGGAUCUGCAUCAUAGUCUAGUCUUUUUGGACAAAGCUGUUUUACACAUUGUUAGUGCGGGCACGCAUCCGACUUCCUGGAUUGUGGAGUGCCUUCUCUACCGUACGAUUACGCUGUUUCGCCUGUCGUGCGUCAUUAAUGAUGCUGUUUUUGUGGUGUUGGGCACAGUUUUAUCGUCGGCGAUUGUACAACUGGUAACGUAGUGCUUUAGGUCUUGGCAGCUCUCGGUCAGUUUUGAUCGAUUAACUUGAGCUCUUGCUUUACGAAUCAGCUUGAGUUGCGUCGUUUUUAUGAGGUCUGAUUUCUGUGGCACACAUGGGCUCAUAUAUGAGAAUUGUGACGUCAUUUGACGUUCGUUUGUUCCUGCACCACCGUCUGAUCAGAGCGCUGAGGAGACGACGCCUGGUCGUCAUAUGACGUGAGUUAUUUGUUGUGUGGCGUUCGGGCUGUGUGCUUUGACGAAAGAAAUGUGAAUAAAAUGCUGGAAUCAG